AUGAGCAAUAACAAUUUUUUUAUGUUAGAAAUAAUACAAAAAAAAUUAAAUAGUCAACCUGGCAAACAUCUACAUUUAUCCUCGUUUGUGAAUCAAAAUGCAGAUGCGUUGUCACUCGUGAGGACUAAGAUGGAAUGCCUCUUUAUCAGUAAAAAGGGUCUCCGGUUCUCUACACUCACCAUACGAAACACAGUAGCAUUAAGCUGCUAUUUUAAGCUGGUAUUCUGUGAGAACGUGGUCCUUCCCCGGUCGAGCCGACCCAUUCGUGCUACAACUAUACUUCUGCAGGUGAUCAUGGACUGUAGUUAUCAUCAUCUGCGUUUGUUACCUACUACUUUAAUAAAAUUGAGGUGA